UUCUAGAUCAAAUGAAGAUAAAAAUAUUCCUAAUCCUUCUUAUAUCUGUCUUUGCUUUAGCUCAAGACACUUAUUCAGAUGGAUAUGGGUACAUUCCAAGCCCCGACCAGUUUAUUAGAGUUGAUGUUUAUGAAGACUUGUUGUGAAGUGAUUGAUCUCCUUUCCAUAAGUCCUUCGUUGAGUAUCUUGGAACAACCACAGAUUCAGGAGAUCUUAUUACCAAGUAUGUAUAUGCAGUGUUCCACUUCUUCCCACUCCCAUACCACCACAAUUCGUUCUUCGUGUCUCAAUUGAUUCCCUUCGUGUACGACUUAAGAGGAAGAACUGAAGACGUUCUCACUUAUGCAGAUUAUAUCCUUAAAAACCAGAGAAAUUUCGGCCAAGGAUCUGAGAACCUCAGCGAAUUUGGAGUUCAACAAAAGAUAUGCAAUGAGACUUCAACUGAUCUUAGUGACCUAGACUUUGAUUAUAGCCAAUGUAUGAUCUCCUUCAGAAAUAAAGAGUACAUUAAGGAAACUGUCAUUCAGUGGAAGCAAGGAGCUCAUGAUGGAAUCAGUGAAACACCUACUGUUUUCGUGAAUGCACUAGAAAUUCCUGCACCAACCACUGUAAAAGAAUGGCAAGAUUUAUUGAACCCAGUUCUUCCUGGAUCUAACUCUCCUCUUGGUGGUGUUAGUAAUACUCAGGGGCCUCAGUUACCACCAAAGGUAACUAUAUCUCCAAGAAAAUCAAAUCCUCCAGCUGUUCCACAACCUCCAUCAAAGAGACCAGCAAGAGGACCUCAAAUUCCUACUCAGAGCCCAACUAUUGUACCACCAAAAGUCCCAUCUCAGCUUGUUCCUAGUGUCCGUCCUAAAUUCGUUCCUGAGCCGGCCCGUGAGUUCUCUCCUGAAGCAGCUGCUGCUAGCUUCGAGAAGUGUGCUUUCGGCCCACCACCUUCAGCUACUGAGGAGACAACAACUGAAGAGGCUCCAGUUGAAGAGACUACAGCAGAAGAGGUCACAGCUGAAGAGGCCCCUGCUCAAGAAGCUCCUGCUGAAGAAACUGCAACAGAAGAACCCACAACUGAAAAUACCACAACCGAAGAAGCUGCUCCAUCGGUAGAAGAAGCUUCACCUGAAGAGGCCCCUGCUCAAGAAGCUCCUACUGGAGAGGCUGCAACUGAAGAAGCCUCUACUGAAGAAACUGUCUCUGCUGAAGAGGAAGUAAGCAAUGACGAGGAAACUGACGGAUUAAGUAACGAGGAAGAAUCAAUUUUAUCAAGGAUUGCCAAUGUUAUCCCAAAACUUAUUAGCGGAGAUGAAGAUAGUUCAGAGCAGGUUACUACUGAAGAGCCAGCAACUGAUGAUGACACUAAUUCAGAAGACAUAGCACAAGCUGGUGAAGAUACUAAUCAGAAUGAUGAAUCUCCAGAUUUCAGUGAUGCCGAAAUUGCUGCUAUUGCUGAGGAGAUGGAUAAAAUCGCUUCUGAUGAGGCCUCAGCUGAAUCAAAUGAUUCAUUGUUCUUUGGACUCUUCUAG